UUUGCUGCUCUUGGUGUGUUGCGCCGCUGGGUGCCUCGCUGUCGCUCCCGCCCAGAAGCACCGCUGCGGGUUUGACGAGAUGAUGGGGAGGGGGCCGCCGGUGACUGCGGUGGUGCGUGACGUGCCGCGCAAAGGACAGGGUGCAAUGCAGGCGUACACUGUCGCCGCAGAAAGCGUGGAGAGUGAGUGGGCCCUGAUCCGCAUCAAGGUGUCUGCGAAGGACAUGGACGACCCGUCAAAGCACUGCACCGCAGUGGGGGAUAUGAGCAUGCCCGAUGGCAGCAGGGUGAAAUGCACAGAGGGCGAUCUGUUGACGGAGGCGAAGAAGGACAUUGUUUUGAAGCAACUCCUCCCCGCCGCAAUUAAGAUGCACGCUGAGCGUCUCUCAGUGAGGCCUGUGGAAGGUCCCAUCCGUAUGCCCAUGCCAGAUGAUGGUAUAGGGCCGUGCAGCAAUUUCACCAUCCCUUCUUGGCACCGCACGACUGGUGUGAGCGGCGCUGACCUGAUCCUCUACGUCAACGCUCUCCCGGCUAACGGCACCGUUGCAUGGGCGUCUUUGUGCGUCACUCUGGAGGACGGACGUCCAUACGCUGGCGCCGUGAACUUUGACCCCCCGUACAUAGGAGCCACUGAUCAAAGCGUUAUUACUGCAGCGCACGAGAUAGCGCACGUUCUUGGGUUUUCGUUCAAUCAGUUUUCAAGGUUCAAUAUGGUUUCCAAUGUCUUCAAUGUGCGUGGGAAGAAGGAGGUGUGGGUGGUUUCCUCACCGAAGGUGAAGGAUCUGGCGAGGAAGUACUACAAUUGCCCCACACUUGAGGGCAUGGAGCUGGAGGAUGGGGGUGGUGAGGGGGCAAGGCUGAACCACUGGAAGGAACGCAACGCAAGGGGCGAGUUGAUGAGUCCUAGGGGGCCGUACAUGUAUUACUCAGCGUUCACGCUUGCUGCAUUUGAGGACAUGGGUGUGUACAAGGUCAACUACAGCAUGGCGGACACGUUGCGGUGGGGCAACAACUCUGGCUGCGGGCUGCUGGAAAAUAAGUGCUUCAUCAACGGCAGAACCGCCUACUCUGACAUGUUCUGUAGCGUUGUGCAGAAAUAUCAACAAGGGCUGCUCUGCACACAUGACCGUCUUUCUCUGGGGAGCUGUGGUCUAACGACUUACUCGAAGCCCUUUCCACCGGAGUAUCAGUACUUUGAUCCCCCCACAACUGGAUGUGAUUCGGAGUUUAUGGACUACUGUCCGUAUGUUACGGGGCUUGAGGCGUCUGGGUGUAUAAACGGCGACACCGAUAUGUUCCCUGGAAGUUUCAUUGGCCCGAGGUCACGGUGCGUCAGGGGGAGGAUGCUUGAGUUCGAUAAACGAGUGAUCAGCGAUGUGUGCGUAAACACGCAGUGCAGUGAGGGCAAGCUGAGGGUGCAGUUCCUUGGCAACGACACGUGGCACGACUGCAAUGAGGGUACGACAGCUGCGCCGUCGGGGGGCAAAUGGGGUGGGGGGAGCAUCAGGUGCCCCAGAUACGCCGAUGUGUGCACAGUCCUCCCCAGAUUCUUGGCCCGCCCAGUACCAGUCGUUGCCCCGCCACUGGCGGAGGAGUCAAACCCUGCAGACACUUCAGUUGCGACUGUUGGCUUCAGUUCUCUUGCGCUUCUCGCCGUGGCCACCGCCGUGGCGAUGACGCCUCUCUGA